CUACGGAGUCGGCGCGAAAUGACAACAAGAGAGGGGGCAGUAAGCCCAAAGAAGUGAGACGAGGAGGUCGUAUCGUUCGGCGCUCCAAACACAUCGCGAUGUUUCGAAAUAUUCACUACAAUCUUGCCCGAUAGUUUUGGAUAAAAAAAAGUGACGUUCCUGGAUUGAGUGCCGAAAUAUGUGUGACAAAGUGACUAAUUAGUGUCAUUAUGGUCGCGGGAUCCAUAAAAACAGAUAAACGUGUAUGGAACCAGUUCAAGAGUGUCGUGGUUUUGCAUCUUUUGUUCAGCUACCCAUUCGCAAGAGCUCAAAGUCGUGCGCCGCGUAUUAAGGAGCAUCCUGUGGAUACGAUCGUGGGGAGAAGUGAACCUGCGACUCUACGGUGCGUGUCGGAAGGCAAGCCGAAGCCAACAAUCCAUUGGUACAAAGAUGGGGCACCGCUCGCGCCGACUGACAACCCUCAUAGGGUCCUGCUUGAAGACGGAUUGCUGUUUCUUAGGGUUAUGCGAGGAAAAAAGGAGAGUGACGAGGGGGUGUACUGGUGUGUCGCGCGCAACUCCGUGGGGGAAGCGGUUAGCAAGAACGCCACGCUCACUAUAGCCGUUCUCCGUGACGACUUCAGAUCGGAACCACGGGAUUUUAAAGUAGCGAGUGGGGAGCCAGCGUUAUUAGAAUGUUCUGCUCCAAGAGGCGUGCCCGAUCCUGGCGUACACUGGACGAAGGAUGGACAGAGCCUGGACGUGGAGGUUAAUGGAAGGAUAUCCGUGGUAGAUGGAGGAAAUUUGAAAAUUCUCGAAAGUCUUCCAUCGGACAGUGGAGUAUAUAGAUGUGUGGCAUCAAAUGUGGCGGGCGAGAGGCAGUCACGUCCUGCCACCUUACUCGUAUUACGGAGACCACAUUUUCUAGUGAAACCUAAUAACAUAACGGCGCUAAUAGGCCAGAACAUCGAGUUUCACUGUCAAGCGUCUCCAGAAUCGGACGUUUCAGUAAUAUGGUCUCGAGAUAACGGCUCGUUAUCACCUUAUGCUAUCAUUAGGAGAGGAUCGUUGAGGAUAGACAGAGUCACACCUUCGGAUGCAGGAGUGUACACUUGCAAAGCGGAGAGUCCUGCUGGAAAUAGUCAUGCUGCUGCUAUUCUCACUGUUCACUCUUUACCUCAUUUCACGAGAGUGCCUUCAGACCAAACCGCUUGGGAAGGAGAAGCUGUGUCUUUCCCAUGUGAAGCUGAUGGGUCUCCUAAACCUGUUGUUUUUUGGACUAUGGAGGGAUCUCAGGAAUUGGUUUUCCCAAAGUCAUCUCACGGUUCGGGGUCUUUAUACUUGGACCGGGUGAUGACACAACACGCUGGGAGGCUCACUUGUGUGGCUGUGAGCGCCGCGGGGAGUGCUUUGCAUACAGCUACUCUGCAGGUUUUAAGAAGAGAAGCCAACGCUUUCAAAGGAGACUCAGAAUCAUCAUCACCCUAUCCAGAACUAGGCAAGCCUCAAAACCAUCCACCAAUGACGCAAUACGAAUUAGUACAGGCACGUCGAUAUUUACAACAAGACGUUUUAGCGUUGAGGAGGGUAGAAGGGACGUCGGCAACUACAUUAAAAGUCGUCUGGGACGUUUUAACCGAUUACAAUGAAUACCUUGAAGGCGUGAAAAUAUGGUUUAAUGGGACGUCUCUAAAUCGACAAUAUGCAUUAGAAGCGCACAACUCGCCAGGCAAUAACACAACAUUAAUCGAUAGUUUAGCCGAAUUCAGUAAAUUUGAAAACAUAUCCAUGACCACUGUCCAUAACAGUGGAUCGUCUAGUCACGUUUUGACUGGUUUGAUGCCCUAUGCUCAAUACGAUGUGUUUUUGAUGCCGUUUUACAAAUUAUUGUUAGGAAAACCUUCCAAUUUGAAGUCAGGAUUCACUGAAGAAGAUGUUCCAUCGGCGCCGCCGCAAAGCAUUUCAGCCGGAGUGAUAAAUGCGACGUCAGCGUGGAUUCGGUGGGAUCCGCCGCCCGUGCAUACUUGGAACGGUGAACUUUCUGGUUACUUGAUUGAGGUGAGGGUUGGUGGAGGGAACGGUGGUCGCGUGGUGGGGCAGAUGUCACUGGGGGCUCGGACGAAGGCGGCUGCAGCUAGUUCCUUGCGAGCUGGUGGUAGAUACAGUGCACGAGCUGCUGCUGUUACCAAACGUGGAAAUGGGCCUUUUAGUACUCCAGCUCACAUACACAUGGUCCCUACACAAAUUCAAAGACAUUAUGUCCAGACUGAGCCAGCAAGAGAUAAAGCAAUAUUGACAAUGUUCCAAGAAACUUGGCUGUUAGCGUUGUGCGUGAUUUUAUUGAUUCUGGUAUUAGUUGGCGCUGGAGUUAUUGUUUUUAUUAGACGACGCUCCUCGAAGCAAAGGAAGAGUCAAAAUGCUACUAAUACGGCAAUCGCAAAUGCUCAACAAUGUUUGUUAGGAAAAGAAGCUGUUUGGCUUAGAGAGAGACCAAUGUUUGAGGGGUCUAGCGAGCCUAGGAUAGAAAUUUUGAAUUGCCAUCAGAGUCUACUUCAUAGUGGUCAUUCUAUAGGAACAAUGGCCAUGGAAGCAGAGUAUACUCUGCCUCAGCAUACCAGUAAUAUGAGUGCCAUGCCUCAAGAAGAUCACAGAAGAAUCGCCCCCGAACCAUAUGCGUCCAGUGCUAUCUACACGGAACUGAACUAUCAGUUGCAGGAUCACACGGACGCAGAAGAUUCCUGUAUGAAAUGCGCUGUCAGUCCAGGUUCCUACGACAACAGCAUGGUGCGAUCGUAUGGCGAAAGCAAUCAGUAUUCCAACGAAGAAUGUUCCACUUGCUGCCGAAGUAGUAGCUCCACAUUAACAAAGGACUACAGCGAAAUGACGAAAUGCGGAAACGAGAUAGACGAUAUCCAAGAAAUGUCUAUAGAUGAUUGUCCGUCUUGUAAGACUCAUCAUUCAAGAUCAUCAAGUAAUCAUGAUGGAAAUAAAGAGUGGGCUAUGGCUGAAGUGGAAUAUGACUAUCCUCAGUGGCAUUGGAUGGGCAGAGAGAACACCUUUAGACAAGGAACGCAAGAUACAAGACAUUCAGAAAGAAGUGGGAGAAGUGAACAGAAUUGCAGAAUGAAUUUGUGCGAUAUUCUUCCACCACCCCCUUAUGAAAGAGAAUCGCCUUAUAGAGAAAUGCAAGCAUAUGCCAGUCAUUCAGGCGCAUCAGGUUGUUCAGGACACACGUAUCGAAGUUAAUCAUUAUUAAAGUCAUGUUGUAAACGAAUAUCAUUAGUACGUAAUCCAAGCAAUACUAUAGUUAAUUGUAAAUAAUGUAAAAACGUCUAUGCAUAUUUUGGAAAUUUUGUGGUUAUUUAAAGUGAGGUGGGUGUCUUUUACACCGUCAUUUAUGCGGACCUGAAUAAAUAACAGUGCCAACAUACUAUAAAGUUAUAUACGUAUAAAAAUAUAAUAUAAACGCACUGAAUUGUGACUUUAUAGCUCUUACUAAACUCAAUGCUUUUGGAACUUCAGAUGACGAAAUAAACUGGGCUAUGGUCGAAACACUUAUGGUAGCGAAUGGCCUUUAUUCCGAGUUUAAAAAUAAGAGUCCAUUUAAAACAAAGACUGCUACUUCUUUAGAAAGUUACUCAACAUUUUACAUAACAUACGGCUUGUAUUUUGGUUUAACUACGAUAUUUAUCGAACGACAGACACUUAUGCUCGGUUCUCUCGGAUAUGUUUUACGAUGUAGCAAGCAAGUAUCAUUUCUGUUAAUAACAGGUUACGUGACGGUGUAAUAGUCGGUUUGUGGAGUCUUAGCUCUUGUGGAUGUGUUUUCAAUAGACUGCUAUGUAAUGUAGGCUAUUAGGUUUCAUAUUUUCUAGUGACUGUGAUAUAGUAUAAUUUCCUAUCUAAAAUUUUGUUUUGUAAAUACUUUUAAAUGUUUGAUAUCCUUAUACAAUUUUAACAUUCAUUUUGAUAUUUAUUCCAUAUAGUGGAUUAUUACCUUAACGAAACGAACCAAUAUGGGUUUGAUUGAAUUUUACAAAGUAGUCUAAUGCAUUUGUAACGAACUGAUUCCUAUACAGUGUCGAAUCAAUAAUUUUUGUAGGUUAACAUAAACCAGUCAGCAUUAUUAAACUAAUUUACAUUUUUA